AUGCCAAAGUUUACACCCAGGACUACGUUUCCAAACUACAAUAUACCACUAUCCAACUUCAAAGGACACCACCAAAAGGCCUUGUCAAAAGUAGGUCAUCUCGCGCCACAGUUGGAUCUAAUAUUAGAGGUACGAGAUUGUCGGGCACCUUUGACCACAACAAAUGUGUUGUUCGACAAACUACUAUCAACAAAACGCAAGCUAGUUCUUUACAGUAAGAAGGAUCUAUCCAUUUUGAAGCCGGAGCUACUCAAGAAAUGGCAUAGCUCGAAAAACGAAGACUUCAUGUUUAUCGACUGCCGUCAUCGAGGCGAUUGCAAGCGAAUCAUUAACAAGAUGACUCAAAUUUAUGAAAAUUUUGAAUCAAGACCGCCACUAGGCCUACGGUCAAUGAUUAUUGGGAUGCCAAAUGUUGGGAAAUCGACUUUGGUCAAUACCAUGCGUCAAGUUGGAUUAGGACGAGAAAACAGGGAUUCAGUGUCUUCAAAGGUGAGAAAAGUGGCCAAAACUGGUGGUCAACCGGGUGUCACAAGGUCAACUAGUGAAAUAAUAAGACUCUCGCGAGAUCCUGAUAUCAUGGUGUACGACACACCUGGAAUAUUCUUGCCAACCGUGAAGAGUUCUGACACUAUGCUAACAUUGGCUUUAGUAGGUUGCAUUCACGAUUCAUUUAUAGACCCAGUGGUUGUAGCUGACUAUUUAUUAUACUUGUUAAACUUGCAAGAUCCCCUGGGUAGCUUAUAUGACGAUUACAUGCUGCACUCUACCAACGACAUAUAUGAAUUAAUGUAUAAUAUUUGCAAGCAAAGAAACACAUUGAAGCCAGAUGGAAGUUAUGACGAGUUGGGCGCAGCAACACAUUGGAUCAACCUUUGGAAACAAGGAAAGACGAAAAAGUAUCGUGCAUUGUUUGAUCUUGAGGCCAUCAAAGAAGCAAGCGAGCUGAAUAUCAGAGGUAUUCUCAACUCCGAGAGAGAGCGAGUAGGACUAUCAAAAGUACACGAACGGAUGGUCAACAGUUUUGGCGAUGAUGGGUCUUCAACAACUGCUCAUAGGAAAAGAUCAGCAAAGGAUCGAGAAGCAGACAUGCGGAACAGACUAUUCAAACUAUGA